AUGGAACACACACAACAACCGAAGCAGCAGCAGCAGCAGCAGCAGCAGCAGUGCGGCUGCAGCGAGCAGCAAGAUGAUGCUGUGGGGCCUCCGGCCUGCCCUCCACCGGGGGAGAAAAAGGUUGCUGCAGCAGUAGAGCAGCAGCAGCUGCUGGAGCUGCUGCGCCAGCAGCUGCAGCAAGGUCCCUCUCGUGGGGGUCUGCAGCAAAUCGUAGAGCAACAGCAAGAGUGGAUAACGCAGCAACAACAGCAGCAAUUGCUGUUGCAGCAGCAGCAGCAACAACAACAGCAACAGCAGCAGCAGCAGCGGGCUCCUUGGGUGUAUGAAAAUUUAAAGAAGCUGCUGCCUCCGCAGGUAUUCGCGUGGGUUGUAAAGGCAACGAAAGACAGCAGCAACAGCAGCAGCAGCAACUGCAGCAACAGCAGCAGUAGGACCGACGGCAUUGACAGCUGCAACGGCAGUAGCAGCGAUAGAUGUACCCCCAGCAGCAGCAGCAACAGCAGCAGCAGCAGCAGCAGAGAGGGCCCCCAUCUUAUUGCAGCACUUCGUGAGUUGCUCUCAGCAAUAGUUCAGCGGCAAGCAGCAAACAGCAGCAAUGGAUUGUCUGCAGCAGAAGCAAAUGAUGCAGCAGGUGCAGCAGCAGCAGCACCAAAGGAGGAAUUUGCUGCACCCACCGCAACGACAGCAGCAGUAACAUCAGCAGCAGCAGAAGCAGCACCUCCUGCUGCUGCUACUCCAAAUGCAGACACAACAGCACCGCUUAGAGCCUCUGCAGGUGUCCGCAAGAAGCAGCUGAAGCAGCAGCAGCAGCAGCAGCAGCAGCAGCAGGCUGUUCCGGCUCGCAGCCGUGGGCGUGCCCGUGGCGUUGGCUCUUCCUCUUCGCAGCAGCAUCAUCAGCAUCAGCAUCAGCAGCAGCAGCAGCAGCAGCAGCAAGGAGAAGGUGAGUUGCUGCGCUAUGAGGGGCGGCGUCUAGGUAUUUCUUUACGUAGAGAAGCUGCUGCACAUUCCUUCGACCCCCGCUAUACCCAUAACGCCAAGCUGUCGCUAGAUAGAAACACUGCAACAGGUGGGCGCAACUGGGGCAGUUCCCUUGCGCGUUGCUGCUGCAGCUGGGGUUCCUAUUACUUCGAGGUGAAGGUGGGGCCCCUGGGGCCCCCAGGGGGCCCCCGCAUGCUGGGGCCCCAGGGGCCCCCAGGGGAGCCCCAGGGGGGCCCCUGCCUGGGGGGCCCCCAGGGGGGCCCCCAGGGGCCCCUUGGAGCAGCAGAGCAAAUAUUGGAAUUACCUGUGAAGGGCUGGGGGGAAGUGAAGAAUAUUAAAGAAGCCGCUAGGAACUUCGAAGACGAGUUUGUUGUAGGGGGUUGCAACGGCUUAGGGCCCUGUCUCCGCGUUGGCGUCUCUUCUCGCCUGUCUCCUCCCAGGGCCCCUCUAGGGACUAAUAGAUUUGCAUAUGCUAUCGGUUCUUACUGUGAGCUGCCGCAGCAGCAGCAGCAGCAGCAGGGGGUGCAGCAGCAGCAGGGGGUGCAGCAGCAGCAAGACGUGCAGCAGCAGCAGGGGCUGCAGCGACACAGGUGCGGAUGCAGGUGCAACAGCGACGCCAGCAGCAGCAGUAGCAGCAGCAGCAGCAGCAGCAGCAGCGUGGCGUGUGUAAGAGGGGCCCCUCGCCGUCGAGGCCUCUUUGCUGUUACAGGAGGGAGACGCAAACGAUUGAAAACCUCAAAUAUUAUUUUCUCUCAACUGUCUCCUUCAUUGUCUCCUUCAGAUCAGUCAGAAAUACAGCAGCAACAAGAGCAGCAGCAGCAGCAGCAACACCUGCUGCUACCGCCGCAAGACACGCACAGCGACACAGAGGGAAAGAAGGACCCAGCCGCUGCAGCACUCGAUGCAGCAGCAGCAGCAGCAGCAGCAGCAGCUUCGCCCUGCGGUUGCUGUGGCUGCGCAUGCGGGUGCGGCACGUCAGCUGCUCCAACUGCUGCUGCUGAUGCUGCAGGUGCUGCUGCUGCAGCUUCCUGCUGCUGCAGCAAAGCAAGUGCUGUAGCACCUUGUUUAAAAGAAGGAGACAUCGUUGGGUGCUUUAUUCAUUUGCCUGGGAGACCGCCAGCAACACUCGAAGAUCCGCGGGGCCGCACAAACUUGUGGAGAUUUCUGCAGCAAGGUCUUCUUUGUGAUGUUACACACGACUCCACUCUACCUGAGGGUGUUAUAUAUCCUUCUUCUUUUAUUUCUUUUUCUGUUAACGGGCGUCUUUAUCAUCGAGUAUUUGAGCCGCUUCUUUGCUGCGAGCUGCACCCCGCAGUCUCUCUCUUUAACGGGGCCUCCGCUACACUCAACUUGGGGCCCGACUUUGUUUUUCUUCCCCAUGCGUUAAAGCCCUACUUCAGGCCAGCACAGGAGAUGCUGACAUCUGUGUAUCCAUUGAAGCACGACCUUGUAAAGUUCUAUCUGCUUGCUGCAGAUAGCAGCAGCAGCAGCAGCAGCAGCAGCAGCAACGGGUAUGAGGCCGGCAGAUCUCCCAAACGGCUGCGGACACUUGCUGAGGUAGAAGGCAUGAAGGACGAAGUCACCGACGAGCAGCAGCAGCAGCAACAUCAGCAGCAGCAGCAGCAGCAGCAGCAACCUCUGCGGUUUGUACCAUUUGAUGAAGCAAAGUACCUCCGUAAACUCAAGGCAGCAGCUCCUCAGCUGCCUCUAUGCUCCCCACCUUUGCAGCAGCAGCAGCAACGGAGGCAACAGCAGCGACAACCGCAGCAGCAGCAGCAGCAGCAGCAGCAAGAUCCGCAUUUCAGCCACCAGCCAAAGCAGCAACUGAAGCUGGGGACUUCUACUGAAACAAUGACAAGUCGCACUGUUGCAGCAAAGGAAGAAGAAGCAACAGCACCAACAGAAGCAGCAGCAGCAGCAGCAGCAGCAGAGCCAAACGCACAAAUUUAA